AUGUCAACCAUUCGAACCUAUCUCCGACUCCUUCGAUUUUUCAGCAAAGCCCCCGCCGGUCCCACUAUAGCAAGAACCUUUGCUUCCAGACGAGCAGCCGCCAACAAUAACAACAAUAAUCACAAUACCAACCACACCGACACCGAACCAGACGAAAAGGACCUCACCGCUGCUCGGCAGUGGCUUACCAAGCUCAAUUCAAAGACAAUCACAGUCCCUCGUGACAUCUGCGAAAUUUCCUUUAGCCGGUCCGGUGGUCCUGGGGGUCAGAAUGUUAACAACCUCAUUUGGCUGGCCGAGACCACGUCAGAGGACUCAGGACCCACAUUGAAAGUACCCCUCCAGUCUCUCCUGCCUCUGGUGCCGCGUAUCCUUCAUCCUCAUCUCCGGUCAUCCCGUUACUACGCCGAGAGAACACACACGCUGGUUAUCCAGUCUGAAGAGUCGCGGAAACAGGCCGCCAACGUGGAGUCUUGCUAUGAGAAACUCCACCUUUUGUUGAAAACGACUGCAGAAGAUGUAAUUCCUGGAGAAACAUCUGAAGAGCAACGGGAAAAAGUCCAGAAAUUGAAAAAGGCUGAAAAUGAGGCCAGGAUCAAGGCAAAGAAACUGCACAGCAGCAAGAAGAGCAACAGGCGGGGUAAUAAGUAUGAUGAGUGA